CGAAAUAAUGUUGAAGGAUUCCGUUAGUGCACAGCAUUGGCAUCGAUUGGCAUACACAAACGCUGAGAUGACAAUUUGAGUGGGUCACACUGUAAACAUUUUUCACAUUGUCGCCAGAUCGCACAGACGCUACUUGUCAAUCAUCCGCAUGAACUGUAACAUGUCAAACGAGAUUUCUUUUGCACAUUUAGUUUAGUAAACGAACAUUUAAUAAUGGCAACACGCAGCAUAUUCGAUUGUGAUGCACAAAAUGAAUUGGAACGUGAACAAGUUACAUACGAUGAUGAUUUGUUUGAUUUUGGACUUGAAAUACCGGCCGACGAAAGAGUUGUCAUUCCGAAAAAUGUAAGUAUUUCUGAAACGAUUUCCCAGAAUGGUGCUGAUAAUGAAAAACGUGGUAAGCGUAAAGCACAUAACGUUCCUGAAUUCAGAGGUAACAAUCAUUUCAAAUCGGCCAAAUUGAAUGUGCCAACAAUCAAAGCAACUGCAAAUGAUGUGCCACGUGGACGCGUGGAAUUCCAGAAAAAGUGUGACGAAUACGAAUUACUGCAUAAAAUCGGUAAAGGUACCUACGGUGAUGUGUAUAAGGCACGAUAUUCAACCGGUCAAAUUAUCGCAAUCAAACGGAUUCUAUGUCCACUGGACAUUCCGAACAUGGAAAAAAAUAUGGCGUUCGUCAAGCGUGAGUAUGAUCAUCUGCGUGAAAUGCAAGAGUGUAAUAACAUUGUGAAGCUGUUGAAAGGACGUGAGGACCAGAUAUCGGAGAAAGAGAUUCAAUUGGAUUUAUUGUUUGAAUACUGUCCAUAUGACUUGCAAAAAAUCAUUUUGAACACACGCAUUCACUUCCAGUUCAGUGAAAUCAAAGCAUUCUUACGGCAAAUGUUUCUCGGUUUGGAAUACAUGCACAGCAAAAUGUUGAUGCACAGAGACUUCAAAACGGAGAACAUAUUACUGACUGCUGAUGGAAUUGUGAAAAUUGCAGAUUUUGGAUUGUCGCGCAAACUAAGCGAUCCAAAUUCAACGCUGGAAAAGCAUAAAUAUACGCCAAAUGUUGUGACACAGUGGUAUCGGGCACCGGAAAUUCUGCUCGGCGAUCGUUAUUACAAUGAAAGUGUUGAUAUUUGGGCCAUCGGUUGUGUGAUGGGCGAAUUUUGGAAUCGAGGUCCAAUAUUGAAAGGUCACAACGAAAUCAAUCAAAUAAAAUUGAUUUCAAAGCUGUGCGGAUCGAUGACAGCGAAAGAUUGGCCAAAAAUCGUAAAUCUUCAUUUAUAUCAACAGAUUGAACAUUUGCCAAAUGACAAGCGAACAACUCGUACUUAUUUGAUUGAAAAGCCACCGAGACUGGCACACAAUCAAGCCAAUGACCUCUUUGACAAAUUACUUCGAUGUAAUCCCGAAAAACGUUUGACCGCCUGCCGAGCACUGAACGAUUCCUUCUUUUUCGAAUCACCCCUACCAGCCAAAAAUCUAAAGAAAUUUAUGAUGCGCAUUUUGCCGUUUCUAAAUAGCUCUAUCGCUGCACCCAAAACAGUGGAAAUCAAUCCGGCAUUUGAUUAUGUCUAUUAGUUUUGAGAAAAACACUCUUUUUCAAUGCGACAUACUUCGAGCAAAAGAUUGGAUGUUUUUUUCCUGACUCUCAAGUAAAACACACAAAAUGGUGGACGUUAACCAAUUCGAGACAUUUUACUCACUGAAUCAUGAUGGUAGCCCGAUUUUGUGAUUAAAAUGAUGGUUACUCUUAUCAUUUUUCAAAAAUCGAUGUGUUUGGGUUUCACUUUUGAGCCAAGAAAAAUUCUUUUGCUCUCAGUUUGUUGUGUAUAGUAUACGUAUCUCAUACUAUUCACUUUGAUAGUGAAGAGUCAAUUAAAGUAUUGCAACAUUGCAUUAUAGAGAAUCAAAAGAAAAUGAAACAACUCUACAAAAAUACAUUCCAAAAAAGAAAAUGUAAUACAGAUUCAUUUAUAAUGAAGUUCCAUUAACUAAAAUAUCUGUUCGAAAUGACAAAGAAAAAUGAAUAAAAAAACGAUCGAUUAUGCGAACAAGUGGAGUUUUCAUUAU